AUGCUUGCACCCACCUCGUGCUUUAGUGACACCACCCUUCAAGCCUUGCGUCUGUGCCUUGAGAAGUCGAAGGGCAAGCCGAAGUUAGCGACCCUACAAACCGUCCUUGGCUACGUUGUUCCUAUGGGAAGGCUGGCGGAAGCGUCUGGCUCCAUCGACGAAGAGGUGGCGUCGUUGGUUUUUGUGCGGAGGGCUGCGAGUGCCUGUGUCGGUGCCGCACUGGCUUCUGCCGCUUCGACCUCCGACACCGCAUUCCGUGACGUGUCCUCCCUUGUGCCCUGGUGUCAGGCCUCCUCUGAUUCCCCACUGGUACAACAAGCCAAUGCCCAAGCACUGAUGGUGAUGCUCAAGUUGGUUCCUACAGCGCUACUUCAAGGUCACGCUGAAGAAUUCAAAUCGCGCACUCUGCGCACGGUCUCUGACUGCUGCAUGAGCAAUGACGUAGCCGAUGACCACCAGGGCUUUGCUGAAGCUUGGUACGGACCCACGUCGCUCAGUGAGAGGGGGAUGGCCACGUCCCCAGGCUUGACGCACGCCCCUCACGAGCCCACACGUGAGGCCCCCCCUCCCGCCUACUCUCAAAUGAAUGGCAUGUGUUGGGGCUAUGGCCUUGCACGGGCUGACCAGCUGUCGUAG